GACCCUUCAAACUAAAGUAGCCAUGGGUAGUACUGGUAGCCCCUCGGUAGCCGCUCUACCAUCAAGCGGCCUCCUACCCCCGAUACGCACGCCAAGAUCAGCACCGGCCGAAUGGACGACGGACGACGAUUCCGCGGCGGCGGCAGCGGAGGAGGAGCCCGUGACCCCUACUGCAAGACUCUUGGAAGCUAUGUACAUCGUGGUCAUGGUCGGCCUUGGCUCGCCCGUCAACCUACCCGUCUUCAGCGCCGGCAUCGCCGCCCAACUUGCCCGUUACCCGCGCUUCCGCAGCAUCCAAGUGACAGACGGGUGCAAGAGCCCGCGGUGGGCGCGCACGGAGGUGAACGUCGACGACCACAUGAUCGUCCCGACGCUGGACCCCGCCGCCGUGGAGGCUGACCCGGACCGGGCCGUGGAGGACUACGUGGCCUCGCUGCCCGCGCUCCCCAUGGACCGCUCACGCCCGCUCUGGGAGUUCCACUUCCUCGACUUCCCGACCUCAGAGGCCGCCUCCACCGUGGUGCUCCGCGUCCACCACUCCCUCGGUGAUGGGAUGUCGCUGAUCACGCUCCUCCUGGCGUCCGCGCGCAGCGCCGCCGACCCGACACGCUUGCCA